GCAGCAUUCAGCUUUUGUCUGCUUGCAAACGUUCUUUAGAGGAAUUACAAAAUGUUGAAGACCUCGCGUUUAUAUAAAAUUUUAAAUAAAAAUGUUUCUUUGACAUUUUCGAGACUGCAAAAUACGGCUGCCGAGGUGGGCCAGAGUUCCCGGCAAAAGGCAUGGCUGCAGGCUAGGGAGCGGUACAAGGAUCAUGAGCACGUCCAUUACAGCUCCGUUUUGGAGACCAAAAUAAAGUCACAUUUCUCAAUUCCUGAGGCUCCACAGCCAUUUCCCGAGGACUGGAUGGAGGAUUACGAGUUCUACAAGGGCGCACAGAAAGGGGCGGACAAAAAGGGUACUCCGGAUGCCUCGAUUUCCCCCUCAACAGUUCCCUGCAACGGCUGUGGCGCCAAUCUGCAUUGCUCCAGUGAAUCUCUUCCUGGCUAUAUACCCAGUGAAAUAUUCAAAGGAAGGUCGCACCAGGAGCUCCAGACCAUCACCUGCAAGCGCUGCCACUUCCUGAACCAUUACAACAUUGCCCUGGACGUGGAGGUGGCCCCAUCGACCUAUGUGGAGACCAUUUCCCGCAUUCAGGACAAAUUUGCCUUGGCCAUUGUGCUGGUGGACCUGCUGGACUUUCCCAGUUCCAUCUGGCCAGGAAUGCAGCAUGUGCUGGGCACAAAGCGACCCGUGUUCCUGGUGGGUAACAAGGUGGAUCUGCUGCCACGCGACUCCAACAUCUAUAUGCAGCACAUUAAGGAUUCCUUGACCCGCGAAUUCGUUAAGCUCGGCGGCGGAGAUGGGCUGAAUAUUAAGAACGUUAGUCUGAUAUCCGCCAAAACGGGCUAUGGCAUCGAGGAACUAAUAACGCAACUGCACAAGACGUGGGCCUACAAGGGGGACGUCUAUUUGCUGGGCUGCACCAAUGUGGGCAAGAGUUCUCUGUUCAACAUCCUGCUCAACUCGGACUACUGCCGCCCGGAGGCUAGUGACCUGGUGCGCAAGGCCACAACUUGUCCCUGGCCGGGAACCACGCUGAAACUGCUGCGGUUUCCCAUCCUGCGUCCAUCCAAUGAUCGCAUCUACCUGCGCUUCAAGAGGUUAGUUUCGGAGCGCAACGAUAAGGCAUUGAUGGAGAAGGAACGUCGCGCAGUGGCAAGGGAAACGGGAGCAGCGGCAGCUGCCCAACCAGUGGCCACCGUCGGACGCACUUUCGAUCGACGUGAUGAUGUCAACGAUGCCUUCGCCAUGGCCGGUGGCACAAAGCCCAUUACAACGCUGAACGAUCGCCAGAAGGACUACAAGGAGGCGCGUUGGGUCUACGACACUCCCGGAGUGAUGCAGCCCGAUCAAUUGACUCCCUUGCUCACCGCCGAAGAACUGGUCAAGCUGCAACCGAGCACAAUGAUCCGCCCCAGAGCUUUUCGCCUGCGUCCCCAAAUGAGCAUCCUGUUGGGAGGCCUUGCCCGCUUGGAUCUUUUGGAGAUAACGAGCUCAAAGAAACAGUUUGACUGGUUGAAGGUGUUUGUAUUUGCCUCGGAGAAUCUUUCUGUGAUGAUAGCAGACACCCAGGCGGCGGAAAACGUGUACAAAAGGUAUCUGGGAACUCCGUUUCUGGGCGUCCCCAUGGCCGGUGAGGAUUUGCAGACUCGUCUGCAUCGUUGGCCAGGAUUGCAGUGCAAAGACAGCGACAUUGUACUGACGAGCGAAGGGAGGAAUGAGGGAAGGCUAAACUGUGAUAUUACACUCAGCUCUGCCGGCUGGAUGGGAUUCCUCCUGCCAGGGCAUUCCGAGUGCCGUCUGCGGGCCUGGACGCCACAUGCAGCCGGCAUUUAUAAGCGCGAACCUGCUCUAAUUCCCCUGGCCGAUCGGUUGGUGGGCAAGCACAUUAGGUAUUCCCUGGCUUACAACACCACAAAGCCUUUCGUUUUCAAAAAAUAAAUAUUGAAUAAGUUGUUUGUUA